GCUUGUGUAGGAUACAGGAAAAGACAAGAAGCUUCCAGAAGCUCUGAGAUCGAGGGUUGUGCAACUAUGACGCAGCAUGCCAGCAACUGGACUAAACUUGAGCCUGAGGUGAACGCUACAGAUGCAGACAAGGCUCCAACUUACAGCCUUCAGUCUGAAGCGGGAGACUUUGAAUGCAGUGUCUCUGGCUUGCGCUGGGUUUGUAAGGAAAAGAUCAGCAUUCAGUACCACUUUUGCUCUUGGGGAGGACACAUGGAGAGAGUGGAAAGCACACAGUACAUGCCUGCAGGUCCUGUAAUUGAUGUUGCAGUCACUGCUGGGCAGUUAAGUGAAAUGCACCUGCCACACUGGGUUUGUAUAGGUAAGAGGACAUGA